AUGAAAAGACUAGGCAUCUCUAUUAUCUCAAUUGCAAUAAAUCUCCUAAUAAGCUCCUCAGCAGCAAGCACCAUUUCUAAUUUGCCUAUUCCUGUCUCAGAGAGUUUAUACCGUCAAUUAUACAAUCAACAAGAAAACUUGAGUGCGAGUGGUAAAGCUCAAGUGCUUCAAAUUAACCUUCGCUUACUCUAAUUACAAACCUCAUUAUCUAUUAAUGGAGAUACAUCACUUUUAAACUGUGGAAUAAAUUUUGGUUAGCAUAAAAUCCAAAAAGACUACCACUACCACCAAUUGUGGGACUACAACCAAUUAGGCCUAUACAACAACAAUGGCGCCUACAACCACAACUACUACAACCACAACCACCACAACAACAUCAACUACAACAACUGCUGCACCAAUAACAACCACAACUACUACAACAACAACGACUACCACGACUACACCUCCACCACCAACAACCUCAAGUGCUGGUGA